AUGCCUGUACCACAACCUCAUAUGCACCAGAUGACUGCCUUCAAGGCACCACUUCAGAUCCAGGCUCCUCGCGUUCUUGAAUUCACUCCCCAGUUCGGCAACGAGGGCUCCACCUUCACUGUCACCCUCCAAUCAAGCCCAGACAGGUCACUCCGCAUUGGCUUUGGUACAUUGGUCGUCGACACAAAGCAAUAUGCUGCCAACGGAUACGUUACCCUCAGCUGCACAGUCCCCAACUUCUCCAUCACAAAAUGGUUCUCCAACAAGGUCCCUCUCUAUGUUCUCCAGAUGGAGAACGAUAUGGUCUUGGAGAGCUGGCCCUUCGGUGACUUUACCUACUAUGAUGAUCCCCAGAGCAAGCGUCUUAGCACCGACCGAAGCAUAUACGCCCAGACCUUGAACCAAAGCCCUGUUGCCAACAAGAAGCACAUCAUCGACAUUGACAUGAGCUCACCCUUGUCCUCCGCAACCACCAGCCCUCUCACCAGCCUUCCUCGCCAUGACUACUCCACAGCCACCAACAACACAAUGACCACGAUGACACCUGCUGCAUACUCUCGACCUGGAUAUUACAAUACCAAUCAAAUGAUGACCUCUCAGAUGCCCUCAUACUCACAAGCUGAUCUCACCGCUACCUCGACCUACGCCAUGACCACAGCCACCAACAGUACCGGUUACAUCCACCCUUCACAGCCAAUGACCACUCCUUACCCCAGUGCUAGCAUCAACUCGGCUCUCCCCAUCAGCAGCUAUAGCCCUCCUUACUCCAGUCUGUUGAACAAGGCCAACCUCAAGUUCAAUGGCAACUUGGAAGACAUGGCCAUCAACUGGAGCGGAGAGGAGUGGGAGUCCCACCGUCGUCUUGUCCAGUUCUGGAGACGUCAGGACAACAGCGAUAUCUACUGCAACUUUGCACCCGUUGCUCCAUCUCAGCGCCAGCCCAACAGCAUUGUUGUCUCCUGCAUCUACUGGGCCGAGAAGAACGACUGCUUCUUGACCUCGGUCGACUGCAUCUACUUGUUGGAGUCCUUGAUCGGAGUCCGGUUCACGGUUGAGGAGAAGAACCGAAUCCGUCGCAACCUCGAGGGAUUCCGUCCUAUUACCGUCUCAAAGUGCAAGCCCGAGAGCGCAGAGUUCUUCAAGCUCAUCAUGUCCUUCCCCAAUCCCAAGCCCAGAAACAUUGAGAAGGAUGUGAAGGUCUUCCCUUGGAAGGUUCUUUCCUAUGCUCUCAAGAAGAUCAUCAGCAAGUACACUGCCUCCUACAGCAGCACAGCCAGCAUCCAGAACGAGGCUUUCCACAACAUCAACUUUCCCCAUGGAUCGACCCUUCCCUUGACGGCACAACAGCAAUCUCUUCUCGAGUCCAGCAUGAGUGUAUAA